UUCUUCCAGCCCACUGUUACUAUGAGGAAUUGGAGCUAGCAGUACCAGUCAAUGAGACCCUCUAUCCCACAGAUAUUGAAUUUCACUGCAUAACGGUCACUUGCCGGCAUGAUUACGUGCUGAUAAUAAAGCACUGUGACCGUUAUCUGCUGCGACACGGUUGCACCGAGCAGCCACCCGACUAUAGCCGGCCUUACCCUAAUUGCUGUGUUCAAAUUAAAUGUAUUGAUUAAAUUUCAUGAAGAUAGAUAUACAUAAAUGUCAUAUAUAAGAAAUAAUUUAUAGAAG